AUGUCCGCAUCCGCAAAGGAUGUGCUGGUGAACAUGUCGGCGUUCGAUGGCUUUCACUUUGACAGACAUUCGGAACUGGCCACGAUCGGAGCUGGACAGACAUGGUCGGAUGUCUACCGAAAGCUGGGCGAUGUUGCACCCAAUUAUGGAAUCGUGGGAGCGCGUACCCCUUGCGUGGGCAUCGCAGGCACUAUCAUCAGUGGUGGCGUUUCAUGGCUUUCCAGAGAGUACGGGUGUAUCUCAGACCCAGCGAACAUGCUAGAUGCGAAAGUUGUGAAGUACGAUGGCUCGGUUGUUUGGGCCUCCAGCGAGCCGGAUCUUCUGUGGGCACUCCGUGGUGGGGGAGGUGGCUUUGGGGUCCUCGUCGAGGUCGUGCUGCGAGUGUUCCCUUAUCCGCAGAAUAUCUGGGCCGGCCCAAUCCUGAUACCGAGGGAGCAGCUCGAGGUGGUUGCAAAUGGGAUGGCAAACUUCGUUAACCAGCCUCUCGACCCAAAGAUCACAAUGUUUCUAUACGUCGUAAGAAAACGGCUACUAGAGUCCAUUGGAGCCGCUUCAGAUAUGCUGGUACUUCAUGCCUUUGAUGCCUGCGGAGAAGCGCAUGGUCGGACCAACUUCCAAUGGGCAUUAAACAUCCCCGGAUCUAUUGAUCAAACCAAGGCACAUAUUGUCAAAGGCACCAUGAAGCAGUUCUGGUCGCCGUUGCUUCUGCAAGAAAUUUCAAAGGAGACCAUUAUCAAUGCUGUCCAGUGGUCUGAUAAUAUCGGAAAACUGGACGAGUCGCUCGGUGACUGCACUUAUCUCAUCUUCGAGCCGUUGAGUUCGCGCGACCCUGGCGGGGGAGUAUCGAGCUGCGCCUGGCCACGACCUCCAGGCACCAAGCAUAUCUUGCUCCUGGGGACCGGCUGCCCCUCUGAUGCGGGGCGUGAGCAAGAGAACCUUGCACGAGAACUCGCUAUCAAGGCAGGAUCCACAGUGUUGGGGGAAGACGCGGAUCUGAACUACCUGCCUAAUGGUUUUGAAGACUUCCAUGACGCGGAAAAGAUCUGGGGCCCGCAUUUCGCUAAGCUGCAAGCUCUGAGGAGACAGUAUGAUCCGAUGAGUAGAUUCAAAGCGGCAAUUAAUCCCUCUGAUGGAUAG